CACCUUCUGGUCUGCCACCACCUCCGCAUCAACCGACCGAAUUCCCAUCUGAAUCACGGAUUGCGCCUCGCUAAGACAAUCAUGGCUGGUUCCGACUCCACCGUAGAACAGACUGAGAAGUCUCUAGUCCAGACAGCUAGAGCAUGGGGAGAAAAUGCCUUCCCACCUACUCUACUGGCUUCUCUGAUCACAGCACAGCACAUGCGCCCCUUCCAGCCGCUACCCAUGCUCUUCCCCCCUAUCCUUCUUUUCACUAGCUAUGCCAAUCUUCAAGGGUUCAAAACCGACACGGCGGGUAUCAGUGCCGCCUGGUCUGGGCUCUACCUCCUGCUUGCGGGUCGGCGCAAGCAGCAAUUCAUGAAGAAAUGGGGCGCUCGGGGCAUCGUGCGCGGUGUGACCAUGGGUCUUUGUUUGGUCAACAUGGUCAGUGGCGGUCUUGCCUAUACGCUAGGCAAACGGGAGGACGACGAUGAAUAGAAGGUAUGGUAAUGGUUGUAUAGCCUGGACCCUUGACGCAAGGGCUUGAAGAUUCAAUGAAGGCUUCUGUACGAUAAUGUUCGCCAAACUUGGAUGAGGGCGUCGCUUUGGGCAUGGUGUUAUGGUCAGUGUUGAGAUAAAAGCAGUUUCGUUCUUGGCAAGCAGACUACUGCAUGCGAUGUCUAUGUGUAUAGUAUAAAUUUACAGUUGUCGCGACCGGCGGCCAGCUA